UAUGGGGUCUGUGGAUGGCUAGAGAUGGAAGAGUUUUCAUGAAUGAAAAUGACCAUAUCCCAGCUCUUAUGCGAUAUUUGGAGAAGGGCAACAAGGAUUUAUCUAUUUUCUUGAAACCGGAUGUGAGGAUUUUGGGAGUGAUACAGGAGAUGGAGGCCUUUGGGGGACCUCCGCCAUGCUUCCAGAGAGCAAGUAUAGGAAGCAGAACUGAAGAGCCAACUAACGAUCUUGACAAUAAUCGGGAAGUCACAAUCAUGUGUGAUGGUUCGUGGCAUAAACAGUCGGGGAAUGCCGGUUUUGGGUGGGCUUUUGCUCUUCCGGGUAAGGAUUAUGAAGCUGGUGGGGGAGGUUUUUGCAAAGUAGGAUCGAAUCUAUAUACAUAGCUCAUGGCAUGUCUAGGAGGGAUUCGAUGGGCGAUUGGUAAAGGCUUCAGGAGAAUUUGGGUUUAUACAGAUUCAAGCGAGGUGGUGAAUUUGAUUCAGAAUCCGCAAGGUGCUGAUAUGAGGUACUACUGGACUAUUCAAGAACUUCGACAACAGGGGGAGCAACUACAAAACUGUAUGGUUUGGAAGGUUAGCAGGGAUCAAGUCCAAAGGCUCAUGUCUUGGCAAAGGAGUGCAGAUCCAAUUUAAGUAGCUUUUGUGUUACUUAAGUUAUUUACCUUCUUCCGUUUAGUUUGCUAUUGUCAAAAAAAUAAAUAAAUAAAACAAAAAAAAAUAAAAAAUAAAGCUCCUAUAUUUUCAAGCUACAAUAUACUACAAUGGUUAGCAGCAAUCACUUGUAGCUUGCUAGAAAAAAAAAAAAGAUAAGAAUAUAUUAUAUUAUCCGUGUGUCCUGAUCUAAGUGGAAGAUGCUUAAAUUUAGAAAAACAAGCAGCUUGUUUGAGCAGGGCUGCUCAUAUAAGCAACAUUCAACAAUUCAAUCCAAUGGUGAUCUUUUUUAUAUGCUUCAAAACAUUUGAUCAUCGUGGUUGCAUAUCAGGUGUGGGAUCUGCUUUAUAUAUUCCUAAACAUCCUUAAUUAAUCUUGCGUACAAGGUGUUCGACGAUAUGCCUAAACGACCAAACUACCAAAAUUUGUCAUUUUUGAGUUUGAUUUACUAGCAAUAACAUUCAGCCUUUUAAUCUUCUUGUUAAUUAAUUAGUUUAUAUUAGGAAUAUGGCUCUCUUAUCAUCCAGAAUUCAUCAACAAUUUUGUGGCCCUUUCCUCAGAUUUUCAUCCUUGUAUUCAGGAAUUUCCCAUAAACCAGUUGAAGAAUCAAUAAAAAUAGCAAUUUCAAACAAAACAUAUGAACAAAUCCCUGAAAUCUUGAAAACCUCAGAAGAAUCCUGCAAGAAACAAAACCCCUUUUCAUUUCUUUCCUCAUUCACAUUGAUUCAUAGAACCCAAGUAAUUGAUGAAAUGUUACAGUCUUUCAUAUCUUUUAAACCUCAUUCCUGCCUUAAAACUACAUAUCACUAUCUGUUAAGUUACACCCUUCAGAGCUCUCACCCUUUUCCGCUUGCUCUAGCGGCCCUCCAACGUACACUUCGUUCUGGGUGUACCCCUGUACCUCAGACUUACCUUUCUCUGUCUUCUGCUUGGAUGUAUCACCAGCAGCAAUUUGAGUCAGUGCCCAGCAUUUUUCUAGCUAUGAAAUCAAUUGGGUAUUGCCCCGAUUGUGGAACUUUUAACUUCAUCAUUAAGUCUCUUUGUGCUGUUGAUCAGUUAGAAGAGGCUAUAGAGGUGCUUAGGGGAAUGGUUGAGGUAGCAUGUAUUCCUGAUGCUGAGAGUUACUGUACUAUUAUAGGUGCAUUAUGUGGAAUCCGGAAGACAGACAAGGCAUUGGCAUUAAUGAAGGAAAUGGUAGGAAAAUUAAACUUAUCACCAAGGCAAGGAAUAUUGGUACGGUUAGUGGCUGCUUUACGUGCUAACAAGGAGAUAUGGAGAGCGGCUGAGGUGAUUGAGUUCCUAGUAAAGAAGGGGUUCCAUGUUGGGUUUGAGAGCUUUGAGCUUCUUCUUGAGGGUUGCUUGGAGUGUAAUGAGUUCAUUCUAGCAGGAAAGAUGGCAAUGCUAAUGACUGAGAAAGGUUACAUACCAUACAUUAAGAUCAGGCAAAAGGUGGUUGAAGAAUUGGCUGGAGUUGAUGAGUGGAAGCUUGCUUGUGCAGUUAGGCACAGAUUUGCAGAAUUGAACUCAUAGCUUUAUCUGAUGAAAGUGAAGAAAGGGCUACGAUGGGUGAUGAAGAAUAGUCCGCGCUGCAUCAAUUUUGUUCAGGUGCUCUGUACUGUAUGCAUACUUCAUGCAAAGUAAAUUAUAACUUGAGAUGUUUUCUCAACCCGUCUUGCAGUCUUGCUGCAUAGUGGACAAAUUUAUAUACAAGGAAUUUUUCUGAUGAUAUUGUAAUUUUCUGUUAUACUGAGUGCUUCUUUCUAAAGAUUAAAUUUAUAUUUUGGUGAGAAAAAUUGCUGCAUUAGUUUUCUGAUUAAAUGUAUCAUAUCUUAUCUCAUCUCUUUGCUUUUAAGUGAUUCCUCUGCUAGCUACAACCUCUGAAAACAAACCUCAUUAUGUUUUUCUUGUCAAUAUGCUCUACCUUCCAUGAUUUCAAUUCUUAAGAAAUUACGGAGUAUUUGCACUGUUUUUUGUAUUGCACAUCUUUGCCUGUUCCUACGUAAAAACACAUUAAUAAUGUUAUCAAUUUUCAUGCCUCUAUAUCAGAAAACUGCCUAUAAUGUGCUUUAAUAUUUGAUGGAGUUUUCAACUGUAGAUCUCAAAGGUCCAAUAACACAACACUGUUGAUAUCUGCUUCAUUGGUCCAGAAAGUAUUAUAGGCUAUGAGUAGUUUGUAUGUCAUGCUAGUUGAUUCCAACCAUGUACUAAUGUAUAUCUUGGAUGAUUUUUGUGACCAGACUGUUUGUAUUGGCUGAUAUUGAGCAAUGUAAUUAAUACUGUUAAUGGUCUGGUGUAUUAUAUACCAAAAGCUUGCC